CACCGAACGGGAGGUAGCUCCGCGAGCACUCGGCCUUUUCGGAACUCCGUUUUUCACCCGCAUGGGAAAAAGUCCCCCCCGCUCGGGGCGAGCUUUUGACCGCGAGUAAUUCACGUUGAUUGCGAUUUCGUUGCGGUUCGUAUAAAGGAAAGAAAAGAAACGAAGAAAGAUCUCAAAUCUUCGCUACUCCGGAUUUCUUCUUUCUUUCUUCUUUUUAUUUCUUUUUACGCCAAGAAACUAUCGCGAAAAAAAAAACGAUGAAACAUCGCGGGGUCGUCUUGGAUCCGGUGUGAACGACCAGAGGAGGGAAAGUCCGCGGUAUCGAUCGAGGGAUCAAUCAAUCGCGCGCGAGGACGGAAGCGCCUUUUCCGGUCAGCGCAAAUUUCGGCGGGGCGAUCGCGCUCGAUCGCUUCCGCGGGGAGAAGAUCGGAAGGCACGCGAUCGUCAGUGUCACCGGUGUGUUUCGCCCGUUGUGACGAUUCCGCACACGCGACCGAAAGCAGCGCGACUCGUGAAAGUGCGCUGGCAGCGGCGUCGGUCUGUCAGCCGGACAGGUGCGAGAGUAAUUGAUACGAGGACGAGGUGAAGAUAGUAGGGGGAACGAAGAAAAGAGACUUGGAGUAAGCGAGCGAGUGGGCUUGUUGUUCUCGAGAAAAUCGAUCGAGGACGUUAAUGCGAAAUAAAGUCGAGAGGUGACAGAGAUAUACCUGGAAAUCAAAUAAACAUUUAAGUAAACAAGUGUCGUAAGGCUCGGAUGGACGUAUCGCGAUAGUUUAUUAUUGAAGAAGAUAUAUAGUGACAGACGAAUAGAGUGGCAUUUAACGGACGACGGAGAGACGGGUAUAGGUGGGACAGAGAGAAAGUGACGUUUCUUCGAUCAUACUAAGAGCGACCGAGAGGAAGAGAGAAAGCAGACGACGGGUGGGUCCGAAACAGGUCUGCACGUGACACGGGCAAAAGUUCGCCGGCUGGAGGAAGAGAUCGGUGCGAUCGGGUAACGAAAGCGUUGGCGUUGUGCGCGAGUGUGACACAUUCGAUUGCAUCCUCGGCUUCGCCUUUUUUUUUCCAUCGGCUAUUCCGUGAGAAAGUGCGGGCCUGACGUUCGCCGCAGAGGGGAAGAGCACGCGGAUUACUCCAGGAUCAGAGAAGAGAGAAAUCUCGCGACGCGACGAGCAGUCGAAAAGGAGAAGGAGGAGGAAGAGGAGGAAGGCCGCACACGAACACGCGCGAGGAGACGCGAUAAAUUGAUAUUGCUUUAUCGGAUAUCAGUGGGGACGAGAGAAGGGGACAACGGAUCUGCGCUUCCCCGGGCGAAUCCGCGAGCGUGGAGUCAAUCAAACAACCGGUAUCGCAGACCAGAGGAGAGCACGAAUGGAUCCGGCCGAUCGCCAAAAAAUGAGAUACUAGCUCGAAAAGUAUAACGAGACUGAUCCGAUGGUUCCAAGAACGAGGGACAGGUGACAAGCAAAAUCCAGACGAGCGCUCCGAGAUAUAUUUCCCGAAUUCCGCGAAGAGGCUUCGAUUAGAAGCAACGAGGACGAAACGAUGCUGAGUCUACGGCGAAGGCAUUCUCGGUGGAGAAUGUUCCCCGUCUUACUGUUUCUCGGAAUGAUCUGCAGUGGCGAACUGGCGCCUAUCCGUGUACCUGAAGAAACAUCGUCAGCGACGUCGUCGACACCGAAAAAGAAGGACAUUGGCUCUCUGAUCGACCACUGGGAAGGGUGGUCGAUCCUGAUGGACGCACAGAAUCUCCAACCCAGUAUGGACCACCCUGCCCCUUUUUUACGAAGGAUAACGCCGAAGAGCGUGUUCAUCGCGCCGGUGUUACCCGCCUGCGCGGAGGGUUAUCACGCGGACGAGAUGGGCAGGUGCGUGAAGAGGCAGAUAAGCAUUGACGGUACCGCGCACAAGAACUUUCUUCUAGAGCGACUCAAAAUUAUGUUUGGUAAUGCGCUAGCCUCCAAGAAUGACCAGAAAAAAUCAACCGGUCCCCUGCAGCUUAAUAUCCCUCUGGUGCCCGACAUUAAUCGUCCAUUGACGAACGUCCGAUUGGACGAAAUAUUCUCGACAAACGAGCCGGUCGCGAUACCGACUCGCAAUGAUACUUACUUCACGGGAAGCGAAGAGAAGACAAAGCCGCACGAGACGACUCUGUACGAAGUGAAGAACGAUACGACCCUGGACAAGGAGGAGUCGGCGUUUUUUCUUGAGAAUUCCAGUGUUCACGAUGUUGAAAAGAUCGAUCGGAAAUCUCCAACGACAGUUUCAAUCGCGGAAUUGAUCGAGGAGAUGAACGAUACCAAUUCCUCGGAAGUAGUGGACUACAAGAUCUCGAUAAACCUGAAACCACUAUUAAACUCUUCAAGCGUGAACAGGGUCAACGCGAGUGACGGUACGGAAGAAAGCAUCCCGAUGGCGGAGAAGCGGGAGGAGAACUCCACUGAAACGCCGCCCGCACUAGUGCUGCUGAUCUCGCCUACAAAAUUAACAAACGUAGUGGACGAUCUGUCGUUGACGCAAAACGAUACCGCCGAGCAAAUCACGCAAAUGUCUGACGUCACCUCGAACACUACCACGAAGGACAGCAUCAUCGUCGAGGCACCGGACUCCACCGCGCUUCCACCUGCGAAACAACUGACGUCGAAUCCGCUGGAUGAGCAACGAGAUAACGAGACAUACGCGGAAGACGAAUUAACACCGGAGACUUCCAAGCCGAACGAGUCGCAGGAAACGGAUUUCAUCUAUGAUCAGGAAGAGGACGACGGGGAUUAUCAAUACAGCACGGAUGUGCCGGACGAUGAAGACUCGACUGAAGGUGAGGAGAUCUUGAAGCAUGGAGAGGCCGGCAUGACGAUUCCCACGCGAGACAUCGAGCGAUUAGAUCGCGAGCGUCAUCAACGGCAGCGAAAUCGAACCGCAGAUCUACAGAAGAAGAUGCUCGAUAUAGGCGAUCGAGUCAUGAUCCGCUUUAACGAUUCCGCGCCUACGGAGGACAAGGACGAGGCGGGGAGCAAUGUCUCCAGCGAAGUCAGCAUCGACGGUGACUUCAUUCUGGAGACAACGAUCCUGGACGUGAACACCGAGAGACUGCAAGUCACCACUCAGUCGCCGCCGGACGUGACGGAAAAAAUCGUCAAGGAUAGCGAGAACGGUUCCAAAGAAUCGUUCGGCAAGAAUCCCGAUAUCGUGCCGGAAGUCGUAUUCUCUCAAGACGCUUACGGCGCGGCGUCCACCAAUUCGAACGGACGCGAGCGAACCGAGCAGCUCUCUACGAGGAUCGAGAAUGAAAGGAACGAGGAACUGGAAACUGCGCCUUCCUCGUCCGAGUCGCUGUUGUACGACUCGCCGGAGGAAGACCCGAUAACCGAGAUCCACACGAUCAACGAGAAACGAUCGGACGCCAAAGAGAGCGUGCUGCAGGAAAGUUCGACGGGCUCCCAGUCAAACGUCCCGGUGAGCAGUUCCAAACAGACUACGAUGAAUCUCGACUCCACCGAGGAUUUCGUGAGAUUUCCCGAUUACCCAAGGCAGCCGCAACAAAGUAAUUACGUGAGGUUCCCGUCUAACGAAGCCAACAGCAUACACAGUCAGAAUUAUAAGCAGAACACGCGCUAUCCCGCGGACGACGUCGUCCCUUACGGCGGCACCAGCACCAAGAGCAGCGUACCCACGCGUCAGAAACCAAUUUACUAUCUGACAGCGUCAAAUUGGAAGCUGGACCGAUCGCAACCCGAUCACAUCCAGACGACGGCCAGCGAGAGGCAGAAUCGGAGAUCGGAUUUGAUGCGUUUCUGGAGUAAGAUGCCGCUGAUCAGGGAUCCGGACAUGUAUCCCUAUCAGGACGAGGCGACCGACGACGACCAGAAACAAUUCCACGACCGAUUUUUCCGGGGGCGAUCGUCGCGGAGGUUGAGCCCCUUCACGGAGACGUCGCCGGGGAGCAGGGUGCCAACGCAGAAGCGAAGAACGCCAAUCGGCAUGUAAUUGUCUUCACGUCGCUUUCCUUUGAAAGAAAGGUUUAAUGAACUGUGUUUAGAACUGUGUCAAAUGACUUGAGAAGAAUUCCGAAAUUGCGUCGAGAUAGUUCGCGGAUUGUUCGCCGCGUUUAGAUCGCUAUCGUACGAAGAUUUCGAAGAAAUAAGAUCGAUGAGGAGAAUAGUUGACGGAAGAUAUUCCGCGACAAUCUGUUGGAGAAGUUCGAGAGUCGGCGGUACUACGUGUAUCGCGCCUAGUAUUUUUUUUUUGCUCAGCGAAUAUGUUGCAAAUAUGUUGGAAACUUCGACGAUCUCAGGAGGGGUGAUCCGGAAUCUAAGUUAUCUUCCCUGGUAUUGCCUUCCCGAUUCUCCGUGUGAGAAGAAAACUGGACUCGCUAAGAGCGGAAGGAAAUUUAAGAAGCGUACUUAGACAUGUAUUACAUUUGCGUCAUAUCGUGUUGGCGAUUUUAAACUCGUAUCUGGGAAGACCUUUUCGGUGAAAAUCUCACAAAGGAUGCGUAUUAAUAUCUAUGCUGCGCAAUUAAUAAUGAUAAGCAUUGGACAAAGAAAAUAGCAAGUAGCUGACGUAAAAGAUUUGUGCAAUCGACAACGAAUUUUAAUGAGACGUCCAACUUUCUACGGAAAGUUCGAACUGCAUCGUGCAUUUCAAAAUAAAGGCAUCGAGUUGCUAAGCGUCGGAGGUUUUUUGCGAACUCGUUACAUCUAAGAUCUAAGCGAUAACGAAUAUUGAAUUGCAUGAAAAAUAUACGUCGCUCUUUCGAACGGUAAAGUCGAUCGAGAGGAUCGAUUUGUUCGAACUAAUAUUAAUUAGGCUAACAUUUACGAAACAAGCAAACGAAAGCUGAGAUUUUCUACGGUACCAGAAUACACUAAAAUAAAGUAGAAGAAACACUGCCCAAAAUAACUUUUAAAAAUUUUUUAUGAGUAAUUUUUUACAUUUUUUCGACUGUAGAAAUUAAUAAUGAUCCACACUUUCGUCACAUAUUUGAUUUUACGUACGAUAUCCGGAUCUCUAUAUUUUUAACUAUCAAUGUUUAUUAUUGUAAUAAUAUAACAAUCAUUUUGUAAUGAAAUUUUUAUUUAUAAUGACUCUAUUUUAUUUUUCGUAAUUCUAUUAUUUUAAACGAUUAGUUUGUCAUGUUUCGCAUGAUAUAAAUAAUUUCGUCGUAUUGAAUACUAAA